AUGCCGCGACCCAAAACCGACCAGGAGAUCCAGAAGACCUGGACUCCGUUGCAGUGGAAAUUCAUGUACUGGUACGACGCUAAUACGGCGGCCAUCUGCGAAUGCUCAGCACCAGGUGCUGCUUGGAACGCCUUCGACAAGUUGGUGGCCAAGUUUUUCCCCGACAAAAAGGAUCAACAGGCUUUUGAUGUCUGGGCUGACGAGUGGUUGGACCGCCAUGCUCAGCGGCUGAUGUACAAGCCGGGCCCCAAGGAGUUUAUUGCUCAAGUCAUGGCGACCAACUUUACGGACAACCAAGCGACUAGCGAACUUUUGAAGACUAUCGCCUUCAAUGACAUGCCUUGGGUCCCUAUCGGUCGGUCCAAGUAUGGAGGUGUCUCAACCUAUUACGCGUUCAAGCCCAAGGCUGACUAUCUUCGACCCGAUCUCGUAGUGCCUGGUCCAGAUGUCGUUGGCGACUACAUUCUCGCCAUGAAGCUUGAGUCCAAGACUCGUUCUUCAUCUGGUCUCGCACCUGCUUCAACACUUAGCAACCUGUUCAACUCCAGCUCUGAGUCAACCUCUAUUGGUGAAACCGCCUAUCUACGCGAACGCGCUUCUACUGCUACCACUUUUCCCCCAUCAAUUUUUUCCCCCACCAAAGAGAAUCCCAAUAAAGCUUCUGAUAAGGAUGGCUAUCUUGUAUUCGCUCAGAUCGGGACUCUCUACGUCUAUGGGGGAAAAUACUUUGACGCAAAUCCAAAGAACAUGCCAAAGAUCAACGAAGGUCCCUGGUGGCUAAACGGAUUUGCCGUUGUUGUUCAACUCAGCAACAAAGGCCAGCCUGGAGCAGUCUACGUCGUGUACAAUGAUGCUCCUUCAAAGAAAGUGAAGUAUAAGGAGUAUGACGGCCCAGAUGAAGAGCUGCUUACGGACUUGGACGGAGCAGCUGCAAAUCAUGUCCCUGGAAAGCUUCACCCAAAGAUGAAGGUCCAAUUUACGGUUGCAAAGAUCGCAGAAUCGAUGAACAACCUCGGGAAUCUUAUGAAUGUGUUCAACUUUGAGAAGGUCGCCACGGAGAAACGCCCGAUCCAAUCCACAAGGAUUGUGACUAACAAGAACAAAGAGAAGUUCAUCCUUCACGCCAAUCCUCUACCAAAGCAGCCCCCGACAGCUGGGGGUCCUGCUUCGCCUACUCGGGGUCCUGUUCCGCCUUCACGGGGCCCCAAUACGCCUCCUCGGGGUCCUAACACCCUCCCUCGGGACUCUAAUUCACCUACACCUACUUGGCGUUAUUAG